AUAUAAUUGUAUGCUCCAAACGUCUCAUCUUCUGGAGCCGAGAGGGGCGGAGUGUUGACGCUCGCUGCGGGUUAAAAUGUCAGCUGUCACCGCUCCGCUUUGCGGUGCCACAGGUAGCCCCUUGCCGCCGUAAAAAUGCCAGGCCAGAAUCUGGGAAAAUAGCUCCAUGUCUACACAGCUUGAGCCGUCAUGUCUUUCCUGCUCAUUUCCUUCCUCAUAAUCCUGUUUCUUGCCACUGUUUUGUCAUGCAUCAUAUUCCGAUGGCUGGUCAACACUUUGGCAGUGCGACUCUUCCAGACAAAGCUGAAUGCAGACUUGACGAUCAAAUCAGUGGGGCUGUUCUCAGUCAAAGGCAUCAGCAUCCACUUUCACCCGCUGCACACUGUAGAAAUUGACCGAAUAUGGAUUUCAAGCAAAUUUGUGAACCAGAAUUUACCUAAAUACUUGGCAUUAUGCGUGGGUGAGACAAGAGUUCGCUUUGACCUUCAAGUGCCUCUCGGGCCACUGACGAAGCGGACGAGCCAUGGGAAGAAAACGAGAAAUGUUUCCAUCAGUGCUACAACACUUCGCUUCCUAUCACAACUGUUGUCGUUUCACAUCAGCUCGGUCAAUGUGAUGGUUCUUAACAUGGCACUCUCCGAGUCGCUAUGGCACAUGACCGUCACGUGCAUCACGUUGCUGCUAGACCCCCACAGUAAGAGGCUAGCGUGGGACUUCUCAGUGGGACAAUUAAGCAGCAAAGUUCUCAAAAGCAGCCAGCUGGACAUUUGUCUGGCAGAGGUGGCAUUCAACCUGCUGCUGUCGGGCGAUGUGACUCUCCCUGAGAUGAAACUUGGCUUGCUGUCGCUCCGUGUCGGAACACUCCUGGCUGAGCUGCAUGAGGGCCUCUUCCUCAGUUCUGUGCUGGGGACGAAUGAAGACCCGUCUGGUGAGCAAAUACAAGAGUUUAUGGGCACCGAAUUCGUCCAAACAGAAGAUGUUGAACAAUUCCACAGCAUCAUCCCGCACAAGGCCAACAUGGAGUUUGACAACACAAAUGUCACCUUGUCCAUGCACAGUCAGAAAAAACACCUGAACUGGACGCUGAAAUCGUUAAAGCUUUGCUACACUCGUGACAGUGAGCAGCUUCCUUUGAAGAGCUUCACCCCCGAGCUGAGCUUUCCACAGAGUAGCCUGGGGCUCAUUCUGGAGGAUGGACUUCUUCUGUCACAAAGCAGGCAAAGAAUUGUUUGUGUAAACACACUCAAAACAUCCCUGCAGGUCACAUCCAUGGACGUUUCUGGCUCCUUUGCUGUGAAUACUUGCAUCGUCCAUUAUCGUCACCAGGAGUUCUUUCACUGGCUCAAUCUUCUUCCAUGGGCACAACUGAUGCACAAGAAGGCGUCACGUCGAAAAAGUCUAUUAGAUUUUUUGCCCACCCUUCUCUUCCUCAGGCGCCUUCCGCAUCUGGACGCCCCAGUGAUGAUUUCCUCCUCCGUGUCCAACCUCAAUGUGUCCGUACAGCUUGGAGACACCACGCCCUUUACCCUCGGUUUCAUCUCAGCCAGCGCAGAAUUACAGCAUCUUUUGGACUUAAAGGUGGACCAAAGCAACCCGGAGUCUCGCAACGUGCACCAACGGGCCUCGUUAAACCUGGACAGCUUCUGGUGGCGAGUGGGCCAGGGCUCUCAUAUUCAGCAAGCCCCACAUCCUCCCGGCAAACACGUGUGGGGUGAAGCGCUCGUUCUUGAUUCGUUUGAUCUUCAGGGGAGCUGGAAUCGAGCCAGCAAUGAGUUGAAAGGCAGCACAUCAUCUUUGAGUGUGGAGUCCAGCCUGAAGGGACUCCAAGUAGAGUUGUCGGAGACCUGCGCGCUGUGUUUGUCUCGUCUGCUCUCGGUCAUCUGCACUCCAGAUGAAGUAAGGCUGUCAGAUGAGCCCUCGCUGUCUCCCGCUACUUCCUACACGGGACAACCCUCCUCAUCCUCACCUCUGCUCUUCAAACUGAACUUCCAUUUGGAGGAUGUUAAUGUUUUCACAGUCUCGAAUCUCGCAGGAGCUCUGUCUUUGCGAAUGGAUGCUGUCCGAGUGAUGACCUCGGCCGAGAGCUCGCAGGUGUCUCUGCAGGGUGUUGGCUUCUCCGCCAUCAAGACACUCACAGAGAACACCGAGACAUGCUGUCCUUCCUCGCAGGUUGCUGAGACCAUUGGCAGACUCACCGCCAUGGCACUCUGUUACCACGUCAGCACCCAUACACUGCAGGUCCAGUGUGAGGAUAAUUUGGCCGUGGUAUGGACGCCAACAAACCACAUGUUUUUGUAUCAGCACACGAUGGAAGCCCUGGAUUGCUGGCAUAUACUCUGUCGUGAACGAGAAGCUGAGUGUGCAAUAAACCCAGACAAAAGGGAUCAAAGAGAUCUGUGUGUGCUGCUAGAACUGGGAACUGCUCGCGCGACGGCACACGUGGGCGAGCACAACUACAUCCUCCUCCAUGCCGAAGCACUGUCCCUCUCCAAGCACACCGGCUCGCUGCAUGUUCGCACACCCGCUCUGGCGUUUAACUUCGACGGCCAUGAUAUCCUCUCCUUCAAAGGCUUGGAUGUUGAAACGCACGAAGAGCUACCGGAGAUGCAACUGCACAGGAAUGGCUUUACCUCCUUCACCACACCUCACAACCGUGUCUGGGUUUUCACCUCCCCAUUCCUCUCCGUGGAGUUCCCCUACCAGUACAACUUCUCUGACACCUUCGACAGGGCGAUCAGCGUGCAGAAGUGGUUAAAGACCCUGCACCGCCCGCCCUGCCCAAGCCCCUCUGUUCACCGGUGCCCCCCUCCAGACCUCAUCUUCAAAAUCAGCCAGUUUUCCUUCAUCUUCCUGGACGACAUCUUUGAGAUCAAGCUACGUGACAACUACGAGCUCAUGAAGGACGAGAGCAAAGAAAGCGCCAAGCGUCUGCAGCUGCUGGACAAGAAGGUGGCCGACUUACGGAAGCAGCACGGCGAACUUCUGCCUGCCAGGAAGAUUGAGGAGUUGUACAGCUCGCUUGAGAAGAAACACAUCGAGAUCUACAUUCAGCGCUCACGGCGCCUCUAUGCCAACACGCCCAUGAGGAAAUCGCUGCUGACGUGGACAGUGUCCGACCUGGAGCUGGUUGUCCUGGCUGACCAGUCGCUUCAUGGCCCGGAGCGGGUGAGAGAGCAGCUGAGAGACAUUGACAGGAUCAGCCCCUUCCCCAGAGAGGGGCUCCACUUGGUUGUCCAGUGGUGCCGCGCUUUCAAGUUCAAACUGGCUUCAUUUUUGGUGAGAAUUCGGGACUACCCUCGCUACCUGUUUGAGAUACGCGACUGGUCACUGUCGGGGCGCCUGGUCGGGACAGAGCAGGACGGACAGGCCAGGGCUCACCGGAAAGAAACGUUUUCGCUAGGCUUACCGUGGGGAGAUGUGACGGUGCACAGGAAUAUACCACCCCUCAAGUUCUAUUACGACUUCAAAUCCAACAUUUGCCUCUACACAAUCGUCUGGGGGCCAUGUUGGGACCCGGCGUGGACCCUGAUCGGCCAGUCGGUUGACCUGCUCACCAAAAUGACGGCGGACCCAUCGCCUCUGCUCACCUGGUGGGACAAAAGUCGCCUCUUGCUACAUGGACACUGGGUUAUGGACAUUGACCAGGCCAACCUGCAUCAGCUUGCCACAGAGGAUCCGUACAACACCACAGAGAAUUUGCACUGGGAAUGGAGCAAGCUCAACUUUGACUGGAACCCUGGCCAAUUAGUUUUUAAAGGAGAUUUGAACGUCAAUGUCAGGACGGCAUCAAAGUAUGACGACAUCUGCUUUCUGCACCUUCCCAAUUUAUGUAUGACGCUUGAUCUGCAGUGGCUCUGCCAUGGCAACCCUCAUGAUCACCAUGCCGUUACACUCUGCUCUGCCGAGAACAUUGCAAGUGUGACCUCGGGACAGCCUCACGACUCCUACAGGGCAUUUCGCUCAGAAAAUCUCAACAUGUCUAUCACCAUGGACCUAAACCAGCACUGUGGCUCUGAAUCAUCCCAGCCAAGAAUCUUGCUGUACAGUAGCACUCUGCGCUGGAUGCAGAACUUCUGGGCCACCUGGACCGGCGUGUCCCGACCCAUAUGCAGAGGAAAGCUCUUUCACAGCCUCAGGCCUGUGCGUAAGAAGCUGGGUCAGCAUUACAAGCAGAUGUCCUACACGGCUGCUUUCCCACAACUACAAGUUCACUAUUGGGCAUCCUUUGCCCAGCAAAGAGGUAUUCAAGUGGAGUGUAACAAAGGCCACGUCUUCACUCGAGGGGCUCAGAGAUUAAUUCCACAGGCUGGCACUGUGAUGAGGAGGCUGAUCUCUGAAUGGAACGUGACUCAAAUGGUGAGUGAGCUGUCACAGGUGACUGUGCACCUCAUGGCCUCCACGUGGGAUGAGACGGCCGACCACCAGAUCAACGCUCAGGUUAACAAGACCCACCUGCUCAGCCUGUCCUCCCUGAGUUACCAGCGACAGAGCAACCACGUGGAAGAGGAAGUGAAUCCAAAUGAUGAGACAAACGCUUCAUACACUCAUAAGCUGCGCCUAGUUGACUUGCGCGCCUCCUGGACCACAACCAACAGGAAUAUAGCAUUCGGGCUGUACGAUGGUUACAAAAAGGCCUCGGUCCUGAAGAGAAACCUCUCCACAGAGGCACUGAAGGGCCUGCGCAUUGACACGCAGCUACAGGCCAAGAAGCUGAAGCGCUCGCCUUCAAGCUACUCGCCCACCACAGCCCCCAUUACACCUGUUGCGCCUACACUAACUCGAGCUGAGAAAAGUCCACAUGAGGGAGCAUCAAUGCUUCAGAAGCUGAUUGAGGAAACAGACAAGUUUGUGGUCUUUUCCGAAGAGGACUCGGGUGUCAGUGAUCAGCUGUGUGGCAUCGUAGCAUGUCAGACUGAUGAUGUUUACAACCGAAACUGGUUUAUUGAGUUGGUCAACUGCCAGAUGAUGCUCCGUGGGACAGAGACGGCCGGCUGUGUACUGGUGUCUGCGGCCAAGGCCCAGCUGCUGCAGUGUGAGCACCAUCCGGCCUGGUACAACGACACCCUGAAGCAGAAGACCACCUGGACCUGCCUGCUGGAUGGAAUGCAGUACUUCGCUACCAUGGAGCCCAACCCAUCGGAGCAGGAGGAUAGACAGCUGUGGCUCGAGGUGAAAAACAUUGAGGAGCACCGGCAGCGAAAUUUUGACUCAGUGCUGGAGCUAAUGGAGAGUGGCCAGGCCGUGGGUGGAAUGGUUUGCACCACUACAGACUGGAACCAGCCCGCGCAAGUGAACGAGGCCCAGCAGGUCCAGCGUAUUAUCUCCCGCUGCAGCUGCCGAAUGCACUACAUCAGUUACAGCCACGAUAUCAACCCGGAGCUCGCCACACAGAUUAAACCCCCUCAGCUGAGAAACCACCAUGAAAAGGAAGACCUGCUGAAGAAACAGGCCGGGGCUGUGGACACGUUCACGCUCAUUCACCAUGACCUGGAGAUAUCCACCAACCCUGUUCAGUAUGCCAUGAUCCUGGACAUCGUGAACAACCUCUUGCUCCAUGUGGAACCCAGACGCAAGGAGCACAGCGAGAAGAAGCAGCGUGUUCGUUUCCAGUUGGAGAUCUCCAGUAACCCCGAGGAGCAGCGCAGUAGCAUCCUUCAUCUCCAGGAGGCAGUUAGGCAACAUCUGGCCCAGAUAAGACGCCUGGAAAAGCAGAUUUACUCCAACAUCAGGGCACAACCUGAUGAACUCAGUAUUGACGAACUGAACGAGAUCAACACGCAGCUGCAGAACCAACUCAACCAGGAGAAAAAUGACAUGCAGAUGAAGAGCGAGGAGCUCAACAUCCUCAUCAGGUGCUUUAAGGACUUCCAAUUGCAGCGGGCCAACAAGCUGGAGCUUCGGAAGCCUCCUGAGGACGUGAGCGUGGCGAGGAGGACGGAGAUCUACUUCGCUCAGGCACGCUGGUGUCUGACCGAAGAGGAUGGCCAAUUGGGUAUUGCUGAGCUGGAGCUGCAGAGGUUCAUGUAUAGUAAGCUCAACAAGUCUGACGACACAGCAGAGCAUUUGCUGGAGUUGGGCUGGUUCACCAUGAACAACCUGCUGCCCAAUGCAGCCUACAAGGUAACAUCUGUGGUGCUUCGCCCUCAGAGCGCCUGUCAAUCAGGACGUCAGUUUGCCUUGCGCAUUUUCAGCAAAGUGCGGCCCCCAGUGGGUGGGAUCUCUGUCAAGGAGCACUUUGAGGUGAACGUGGUGCCUCUCACAAUCCAGCUCAUGUACCACUUCUUCAAGAGAAUGAUGGGAUUUUUCUUCCCUGGGAGGAACGUCGAGGAAGAGGAGGUGGCCGACGAAGAGGACAAGUUCCGACUGGUCACCACAGGUAUCCCCGUGAAGAAUCGUCAGUCUUCCGAAGAUACCAUGGGUGCUAUGGGCCCUGGUAAAGGUGUUGCUCAGGGGAUUAACCGCAGUGCCGGCGUUAGGAGGUCCUUCAGAAAACCCCUCGAGCAUCCUGUUGAUGACAUUGACAAGAUGAAAGAGAGAGCGGCCAUGAACAACUCCUUCAUUUACAUCAAGAUUCCUCAAGUGCCUCUCUGUGUCAGCUAUAAGGGAGAAAAAAGCAGUGUGGACUGGAAGGACCUCAACCUGGUGCUGCCAUGCUUGGAGUACCACAACAACACCUGGACGUGGUUGGACUUUGCCAUGGCCGUGAAGAGAGACAGCCGCAAGGCUCUGGUUGCACAAAUGAUCAAGGAGAAGCUGCGCCUGAAACCGGCCGCCGGUGGCGCCGACCCGCGCGGGAAGACGUUGGAAGGCAAGGCGGACUCGGGCCUGCAGCAGCAGCAGGAGGAGGACGAAAAAGCUAGGCUGCUCAUUGGCCUCAGUGGUACCGACAAGAACUCAGGAAAAAAGAGCAUUUUCAGCAGACGCAAGUGAGUCGCUGUCGGGAGGGCCGAACUACCGUUGGGACUAUUUUGAGGGGGUUGUGGUAUCAUUUGAUCCUGCUGAACUUCACAUUGAAGUGGUCAAAGAGCAAAGUCCUCGGGUGCCUGUUGAUGAUAAAUAUGACCAAACGCUAACUAAGCAACAUCACUGCAUUUCAGCCAAUGAGCACAAUUGCUUGUUAAUUCUUUGAGAGCGUUUCCCGCUGGUUCAGGAACACGCUUGAGAACCUCACCUAUGUCAUCUGCUGUAAGAAUUCCAUUAGUACACAAAAAAAUAUUAUUACUCACUGGUUUAUAUAAACAGACGCAUUUCAGUAAAUUAGGACUGUGUUUCCCCAACCGUUGAGCCAAGGCAUUUAUUUUACAAAAGGAAAAUCUCUGUCAAGCCACCAAACAAAAAUGUCACAAAAUUAUACAGUGUACGAUGAUGCCUUUUGAGAUAUGAACUGUUGUUUGGCCAGUUUUUUGCUCGUUCAAUACCUCGGAAAACACAAUUGUUCACAGCUCAGUAAAGUGCACAUGUAUUCCUUUCUGAUUCCAAACACAUGCGGGUUAGGUUCAUUGACUCGAAAUUUUCCAGGGGUGUGAUUGGUUAGUUGUCACAGUUGUGCCCUGUGAUUGGUUGGCAAUAAAGAGUGUACUCUUUUGCCUGAAGUCACCUGGGAUCAGCUCACACGUGACCCUAAUAAUUGCUAUAGAAAAUGGAUUAGAAAAUAUAGAAAUGAUUCCGUGACAGUGUAAUAUAUAUGACUUCCCCUUUUUGAAUUGAACUAUUUUAAGUUUCCUGCCAUACAAUGCAGCCCAGCCCCCCAUGCACAGGGAUAGGAGCCAAGUCCUGCCCACUCAUAGUUUUUCUGUCACAAGAUGGUGGUAAACCAACACAUUUUCAUUAUAUCUAGCUUUUGACACAAAAAAAGCAAAUACUGUAGUUCAUGAGGAUUCACUGAAAAAAAAUCAGAUUGCAGUACAAUGAGUAUGCAGGGAUUCAUAGUAUUCAAAUUUACUGAGAUGCAGACUUUUUUACUGCUUAAUAUAAUAAAAUGAAUUGCAGAAA